GGCCGCUGGAAGAUGAUCGACGAGCUGCACCCUUUCGCAGAGUGGAUCACCGCCUCGGAUCUUAAGGUCGGCGGCCUGAACUUGACAGGGAUGUCCCAGGAGGAGAUGACAAGCGUGACGCAGGCACAGGGCGAGCUGGACGACCUCGCGGUCUUCAAGCAGGCCUGCGAAGCGCGAUCGCCCGUGGAGGACAUGCUCCACCAGAUGGUCGAGGCGAGGGAGAGUCUCUGGAACGGGGUGCUGUCGGGCCCCAUCACCGAACAAAAGCUUCGACAGACCAUCGCUGUCUUCGCGACCGGGGAGUUCGAGCCGUUCGCGCACCAGCUGCGCGAGGCCUACCACCAGCUGACGUCGAGCCAGAGGAGUGACUUCGAGCAGCAGGUGACCGCCGCCGAGUGCGACGUGAAGGUGGCCGCCAGGGUGCUCGAUGGAGGUGGCCCCGCAGGCUCGUUGGAGGCCGCGUUCUUGCUGCUGCGGCCGCUCUUCGGCUCCACCAAGGAGCUCUUCCAGUGGGAUGUGGAGACGAACGGCCUCGGCUUCAACUUCCUGGGCUGGAAGGGCGACGGUGGCUGUGACUUCGCCGCGGCCCUGAGCGCCACGGCCUAG